CAUAUGGCGGCGGCGGCGGCGGCCGGCAAGUCAGCCUCUCAUCCGCUGCUCACGCUGACACUGGUGCUGGCGCUGUGUUUUGUCAGUGCUGCUGCCGCCUUCGGACUGCGACGCGUGCUCCGGCGAGCCUUCUUCAAAGACAGGACGGGAAGUUAUCGUUAUUUCAAAGUGAACCAAGAAGACGACGGAGAGUUGAUGGCAGUUGACGGCGGGUACCACGUGGCUCUGGAUGAUUCCAGCGAAGACGAGCUGGGUCCAGCGCGGCUUCCGGUCAACACACCGGAAACGGCGCAGGUGCGGCGAAGUUGUCUGUCUCCGCCGCCAGAG